UUCUGCAGUAACAGGCAUGUUGUAUGGUUCUGUUACAAAUUAAAAAAUAAACAUGUCUAUGCCUGAUCAGACCAUGCACGUGUUUCGCGGCUAAUGUUGGUGUCAAUUGCUUUCUGACCAAUUUACUUUGUAAAUAAUACAUUUAAUGGAAUAAAUGUGAAGUAUUUAUAAAUUCAGUGACCAUGAAGAACAAACCAAUUCGUCAUAAAGAAUCGAAUACCUUUCAGUUUAAACCAUUCUCUGAAAGGAUAAGUGAAAUUGACGUUGAUGUAUUUCAUCGUGUUGCCCAUCGAAACGAAGAAGUUGAUGAAGAUGCCGAAACUUAUUUUUACCAGACUCUUAAAAAAUGGAAUUUUCUUAAUCUCACAGAGGAAUACUGUAAUUUUAAGAAAACAGUUCGUAAUAUUGUCACACUUCCACAGUUAAUCAAUCAGAAACAGUUUGUGAUUGAUACGUUGCUAGAGUAUUUGAAGAAGAAGGAUGUUCUGUUUUUACAACCAAUUUUAGAAUUAGUGGUUGCUGUAUCUAAAGAUCUACAGAAAGACUUUUAUGAGUAUUUUCCUGAAUUUUUAUCAGUUAUCACUGAUUUAUUACAUACCAAAGAUACAGAGCAACUGGAAUAUACAUUUACGACAUUGGCUUAUUUGUUUAAAUUCCUAUGGCGUUAUCUGGUUAAACAUAUUGACACUAUAUUAGACCUCCUAUUGCCAUUAUUAGCAGAUACACAACCAGCUUAUGUGAAUAAUUUUGCAGCUGAAAGUUUUGCAUUUGUAGUGCGCAAAGUUAAAGAUAAAGAUUCUUUUUUAAAAACAGUAAUAAAUAUUUUGAACAAAAAUCCUAGUGGAGUACCAGGAUGUGGAAAAUUAUUGUUUAAUGUAAUAGCUGGUAUACCAGGACAAUUUCAUUCGUGUGCGGAACAACUGCUUCUGUUAUAUUUCAGUGCACUGAAUAAUGACGAUAUCAAUCAAGAUUUAAUGUUUAAAGUACUGAAAGAAAUAGUAAAUUGCUUUGUGCAAAAUAUACAUGCACAAAAAUGUCAAAUAUUCUGGUCUGUAGUGUUAAAUGUUAUAGACAUAUCUAUUGAAAAGACUAAAAAUUUCCAACCAACAGCUGGAAGAGAAAAGAGUUUGAUCCUUUUAAUGCAAUUAUUAAAUAUAGUCAUUAAUCAUAAAAAUGGAAGGUUCAUUCUAGAGCCAGUGCCAUUAAUUAAAAAAUUAGUACAGACUCUGGACAUUUUUCAGAAUGACAGUGAUGUGGUGCAAGAGAUUUUAAAUAUAGCAGUUGCUAUUCUUUUAGCAGGCAAUGUUAAAUUAAUGCAAGAGACAUCGAGUCAAAUAGUACUUAAAAUUAUGGCUGUCAAAGAUGUGAAGUUACUAUAUGGAGCUGUUGAAAGUUUGAUAGAUUAUUCAGCAUUUGAAACCGUGAUAUUACCGCAUAUAUUGCGGCAUACUAUUGCUAAUGAAUUCACUAAUGAUUCUUUGAAUUUAUUUGCCAAUAUAGUGAAUACGAAAGUUCCGUUGUGUGUAAAUGGAAUUAAUUUAAAUAAAUGGCAAAAGUAUGUAUUAGAUAUUCGAGGAGCUAAAUCUGAUAGCAUUAAUUUCUUCAUGGAAAAAUUAAACGGUUUACUCAGUGAUAAUGUAUCGACUGGUACAUUGAAAAUGUUAAUUAUUUUACCGCAUUUAAAACCAUUAGCAGAAGAGUUCAAAGAUAUUUUAAAGAAAGGAAUAUUGUCUCUGUAUCAACGGAUAUUGAAUGGUGCUUAUACAGAAAAUGAUUUGAACAAAUUGUCUUUCAGUUUCUUAUUGGCUUUUGAGUCUGCAGUCCACAUUUUGGAACCUGAAGUUUUAUAUAACUUUAUGGAAACACAUGCUAUAAAAGUAUUGGACCUUUUAUCAAAAUAUCCUGAUAAUAAAUUAAUUCUGAAUGCAGUGGAUUUAUGGAUAACAUAUUUUAGUACAUCUAAAUAUCGCGAAAUGUACAUAAAUGUAAGUGUCUUUGACAAUAUACACAAUAAUGUUGCACAAAAGUUGAGCUCUCCAUUUACCGAUAUACGGUUGAUCGUAGCUCAUUUGUAUUCUUUAUAUUCUAACGUCGACGACAUUAAAAUAUCUGCCACCAGUAAUGAAAAGACUGCUAUGGAACAUCUGUAUUUGGCAGAAUGUGAACCUAUAACAGUUCAAACUUACAGGAAUAAAUUACUACAUCUGCAAGCAUUAACAUUUGAUGGCAAUGUAAUGUUAAACUUAAAUCCUAAAUAUAAUGAUUUUCCACUUAGAUAUUUAUUAGGGAAUUUAUACAUAAACUUUUCUAUACUAUGGGAACCUGUUAGUAAAAUUAUUGCCACAUAUGCUACGAAACAAUGUGAACAAUUCUGGCAAAUAUACUUGACAGAACUAAAAUCAAAUUAUAAAGAGAUCCCAGAUUAUAAAAUAUUAUAUGAUUGUGCUAUUAUUUCUGAAAUAGAAAUUGCGAUACAGAAAAAUAAGGACAAACCUGAUUAUGAAAAUCAUAAAUUACUAUUGUGGAAAUGUAUGGGAAACUUUUCACAUUACUGUGAAAUGAAAAAUAGAGACAUAACAGGAAUAUUUAUUGAUUAUGUAAACGAUAAUUUCUUCAAGUCAAAUUCCGAAGAUGCUAAAUGCUGCAGCAUUUUGAAGACACAAGAAUCAGAUACUCCUGAUAAUGAAAUGGAAGUUGAUUCAGAUGAUGAUAUAAAUCCUGAAUUUGAAGAGAUCGAGAAAGUUGAAAAACAACAGGAAGAAGAAAAAGAAGUUUCUGUUGCUGUAAAAUUUAAACCAUCGAAUACUAAAUCAAAGCAGGUGUUUAUGCUAAAUAAUAUUUACAAAGCAAAAGUUUUAAUUGCUCAAUUAGAGAUAUUUAGCAAGAUAACAAACCCUAGAACACUGUACAGAGAAUCUGAGAUGCACAAAAUUUAUUUGGAUUUAUUGGCAUCAAAGAAUUUUCAUAUUCAAAAGGCUGCUUUAAAUUGCCUUCUCACUUAUAAGUACAAGUACCUUUUACCAUACAAAGAUAAUCUGAGCAAUAUAAUUAGCGAACAGAAUUUAAAAAAUGAAUUGACGCGUUUUAAGAUUGAUGAAGAAAGUAACAUGGUACAAAACGAGCAUCGUAAAGAUUUUAUUCCUAUAUUAAUGAGAUUAAUUUAUUCGAAAAUGGUAUCAAAAGUAGGACUAAGAACUGGUGGCAAAGGAGGAGGAAUUAUAAGACGAAAACUUAUUCUACGUUUCCUAGCUGGCGUUCAAGAGGAUGAAAUGAUUAUAUUUGUAAAAAUGGCGUUCAGACCUUUUAAAAAAUAUAUGCCACUUGAAAUAAAUGAAAAAGUCAAUUUGAAAGAGCUGACGCGGAACAUUAUUAAUUCAGUUGAUUUAAAUAAUGUGAUACCACCUAAACGAUUACAGAGUGCUAUAAAUUUACUUGGAAUUUUAAUAGAACAAUUUGGUAGUAAAAUGAGACAGAAAGUCUUACCAUAUUUACUUGGUUUGGUAAUAUGUAUUUUAGCAGAAGUUACUGGAAUCCUACAGAUAUCAGAUAAAGUGCAUGUUGGCUAUUUAACAACCAUUAGAAAUGUACGGAAAAGUUGUAUCUUAAUAUUGGCACGAUUCUUUGGUCAUUACGAAAACUAUGAAUGGAGCAAAUAUGAAAUAGAUGCUUUGUUUGAUGUUGCAGUAUUUCCAUGGCUUGAAAAAUUACCCAUUGAAGGUACUCAGAGUCCAACACCAUUACUAAAAUUGUUUAUGACCUGGAGUCAAAAUUCACGCUAUUAUCCUUUAUUUAUAAAAUACAAAGAAAAUGAUCAAUUAAUUAGCCCUCUGCCGUAUAUUAUGCGUCUUCUGUUGGCUCCAAAGGCUCAUGCAUCUGUAGUAAAUACGAUACUCGAAAUGAUAGAAAAGAUGGUAACGUUGCAGGAUUAUGGAAAAAGAAACGAGAAUGAUAUGGAAGAUGAUGCACAUUUCGUUCCUUUGACACCUGCGCUUAGUAAUUUACUCGAUAUAAAUGAGGAAGUCCUGUCUAGUGGUAUUAACUAUGGAUCAACCAUACUACUUCCCCAUGUUUUUAGUAUUUUGGAAUAUAUUAAAACCAAACUAGGAAAGGUAAACAGAGGAGUAAAUAAGACAGAGUUGGUGAUCUUGUCACGUCUCUCCGAAUUUGUAAAAGAUGCCGAUGCUUGCGAUACACUUCUUACUCUUAUUGUGCCAAUAUUAGUUAGACGGACUAGUGCCGGAGAAGGAGAGGAAACGAUUAUGGACUUAAUUACUACAGUUGUAAACCUUAUAAAAUACAUUAGAAAGCCGGAAAUUCACUUGCGCGCAAUUUUACCUCUGCUAGGUGUAAUUUCAUCCAUUCCUGCUCGCAAGCAUUUCCUAGAGCUUUACAAAACUAUUGUUGAAGGAUCUGCAGAAGAGUCCCGUGAGAUACUGAUGCAAAAUUACAAUAUAAUAAAUGCAUUGAAUGCAUGGGAUCGUAGGUGGCUUGAUCAACCAGAUUUCCAGAAGAGGCUGGAUGCAUUUACUGAAAUUAAUAAAAUAAUAGAAAGCGAUGCACUCACAUUGGAAUUUGGUGUAGCUGUUAUUCAUAAUUGUUAUUAUUUUCUUAAAAACGAAUCAGAUCUAGCUAUGAGAGAUUAUGCUGGACAAUGUCUGAAAGUUGUUGGUCCAAAAUUGGCAAAAAAGUACAGAGAGAACACAACAGAUAGACAUUUUCUGAUGGAUGAAACAAUUUUAGUGCUUGUAAGGAAAGGGAUUGUUAGUAAAAACGAAACUGUACGACUUCAUUCAAUAGGUUUUUUGGGAAACAUGUCUAUGGAAUGUCCAGAAGUUCACCCUGUUUUGCGUGAUUUAUCACUUUUGACUAAUAAGAUCGAUCCAGAAGUGGAUUUCUUUGAGAACAUGCAACAUCUACAGAUGCACAGAAGAGCUCGUGCUCUUCUCAAAUUUUGUAGCUUAGCAAAGACACUGAAGAAAGCGCCAAAUCCAAGAACAUUAACACAAUUUAUUUUGCCACUAGCUUCUUCAUAUUUAUGCAAUGAUGCUUUUAUACAUAAGAACAGCAUUAUUGAUGCUGCAAUAGAAACAGUUGGAACAGUGUGCAAACUUUUGCCUUGGCACCAGUAUGAAAUUAUUCUGAAGUAUUAUUUAGGGAAGUUAAGAAGUUCUAUCGAGUAUCAGAAACAACUGGUUAGAAUAAUUGUUAUUAUUCUAGAUUCUUUUCAUUUUAAUCUAUCGAAAUAUAAAUUUGGUGAAGGAUCCGUACAAUUGGAAAGAGCAAAGGAAAUUAUAAAAAGUGAAACAGUUUCUGCCGAGAAGAAGGAAAAGGAUGAAAACGUUGUUGAAGAAAGUAUCAACGAAAAUGUUAAUGAAGUCGAAGAAAAUUUAGAUGAUGCUUUGAAUUCUGAAAAUGUGGAGACUGUUGAAGAGAUUGUUGAAAAAGAGCAGAAAGAAGUACAAGAAGAUGUGUUUAUAAUGGAAAAGGAAACAGUUCUAUCACAAAAUGGGGCAAAAAAGAUUGUGUUUAGUAUAUCCAAAGAAUUAUUGCCACAACUUCAUCGUUCCAUUAUAGCAAAAACAAGUUUUGAGAGUAGUCAUAAGAUUAAUAAGAAAAAAGUUGCAGCAGACAAUGAAGAAGAAGAAUUAAUGAGAGUUCCCAUUGCACUUGCAUUUGUUAAAUUGUUGCAAAAGUUACCUGAGCAUGUUCUAAACACUAAUUUACCAGGAAUUUUUAUGAAAUUAUGUACUUUUUUGAAAUCACGUUUGGAAUCAGUAAGACGAGUUACUCGGGAGGUACUGCAAAAGAUUAUGAUAACUUUGGGUCCAAAGUAUCUUCACCAUUUAUUAAGAGAAAUGAAUACAUUAUUAACUAAAGGGUUCCAAGUUCAUGUUCUUGCAUAUACAGUGCAAUCAGUAUUAGUUGUUUUGAAGCCAUAUUUCCAAAAAUUUGAUAUCAAUGAAAAUCUUCAGAGCAUAUUAUCUGUGUGUAAAGUGGAUUUAUUUGGUUUAACAGCAGAAGAAAAGGAAGUAAUUGGAAUUGUGAAAAAUGUAUCAGAAGCAAAGUCUACAAAAAGUUUCGAUAUUUUUCAUAUAUUAGCGGAGUAUAUUACAGAAUCUUGUUUAAUAGAUCUUAUUCUGCCAUUAAAAGAUGUGCUUCUGAGAACACACUCACACAAAUCAGUCCAAAAAGUAGUAGAAUGUUUAAGGAAUGUGGUGUUAGGUCUAGCUGAUAACACAUAUAUACCAUUAGAACAGAUGUUAAUAUUUCUUUAUGGUAUAGUUUCUGAAAGCAUUCCACAACUACUGCCCAAAAAAGAUGAUAAAGAAUAUACAGAAAAAGAAGUGGAGGCAUUAGCUAGACAGAAGCCAGACUUGUACAUCAUACCACCGGAACCAAAAAGUAGAAUGGGAAUUAGAGCUACUUCAAAAACAUCUAAAAAUACUAAUGUCCAUGUCAUUAUGGAAUUUGGCUUAAAACUCUUCCAUAUAUUAUUAAAACGGGACAAAAUAUCUGGCGCAAAGUUUACACCUUUCAUAGAGCCAUUUGUACCAAUUGCAAGUGACUGUUUAAAAUCUCAACACGUCAAAUUAAGUACAUUAGCCCUGCAGUGUUUAAAUUGGUUGCUCAAAAUGAAUCUGUCUUCGAUACAAGAGUCAAUCUCUGAUAUCUGUGCGUCCAUUUUCAACCUACUGCACAAAUAUGCUGCGGCUGGUUUAAGCAAAGGAGAUAAUUUUGAUCUCGUUAUGGCUGGCUUUAAGUGCAUGUCCGUAAUUGUCCGUGACGUGAAACACUAUACAAUCACUACAGACCAGCUAAAAGUGUUGAUCAUGUACGCCGAGGAAGAUAUCCACGAUUGCGAUAAACACGCGACAGCAUUUGGAUUACUGAAAGCGAUAAUUGCCCGGAAAAUGGUUUUCCCAGAAAUGUUUCUUGUCAUGGAGAAAGUCGCCGUUUUGAGCAUCACAUCAGAGUUGGAACAUGUACGGCAGCAAUCUCGUUCCGUUUUUUACACAUACUUAAUGGAAUAUCCACUUGGGAAAUAUUUAAACAAACACAUAGGCUUUUAUUUAACACAACUCAGUUACCAGAUGCAACCUGGUCGACUUAGUGCCUUAGAAAUGCUUCACAGUAUUGUGACAGGAUUUCCAUUGAAAGCUCUAAUUCUAAGAUCAGGUCUCAUAUUCGUAAUGGCGGGCGCAAGGCUGGUGAACGACGAUGACCCAACCUGUCGCAAAUUAUGCGCAAAGUGUAUCAAAGAAAUGAUUACACGUAUACCCUACAAUAAGAGGAGCAAGCUUUUUGAUAUUACUGUGGAAUGGUUGAAAGACAUUAAGGUAGCGCACCGCGCUCUGGCUGCUCAAUUGUGCGGCAUAUUCGUUAGUAUAGAGAAAGAUACAUUCGAGUCUCGUCUAAAAGAAAUAUUACCAUUUAUACUGAAACAGUUUCAUGCGAAGUUCGAUGACAAAGAAGAGCCAGGUCGCUUCGUGAAGUUACACACAGCCAAGGAUGUUAAACUGGAGAUGCAUCGCAACAUUAAAGAUCCAGAGAGAAUGAAAGAUCAUCACAUUUUCCAGGUCUUGCAACUGUUGUUAAAAAUCUCAGCAAAUUGUCCGGCAUUUCUCAAGAAGGAGGAAUACAAACAAGCUGUCUCUACACUUGCUGAACACUGUCAAUCUUUAUUAGCCCAUCCUCACUCUUGGGUUCGUUUAGCAGCGUCACAGAUGAUUGGUUUCAUCUUGGCCGCUCUCGACGUCGAUAAGGUUAUAGAUUGCUUAAAGAAUCCUGAGAAAUGCGAUGCAGAAUCCGGUUACAUGUACUCUGAUCCGGCUGUUAUCAUAAGGAGUUUGAGUUUAGAUUUAAUUGCGCAAUUGCAACCAGACACAACGUUUGAAGAGUUAUUAGACCAAACCAUUAAGAAUUUAAUUUUCAUCGCGAGAAUUUUGAACCCAAUUGCCACACCUGACAAUAUUGCUGCUAACCAAGAUAACGAGAUGAAGGAGAACCAGAAAAAUCAGCUGUCUCUUCCUUGGUUGCUUAGGAAACUACGGAAAGCUGUGAAUGUAGAAAUAACGCGUGCUCCUAAAUCGACGUCGGUGCGAACGGCUUUCUUCAAAUGGGUGGCCGGCGUUGUGGCAACCAUACCCAUAGAAGAGUUGGAGCCAGUACUUUUCAGUAUUAUGUCACCGAUCGUACGUGAAAUGUCAACUACGGAGGAACAUAAUGCUCCUUUACGGCGGUUGGCAAAAGAAGCAGCGACGAUGAUUAAAAAACGCACAAAUGAAAGGUACACUACGUUGCUCAGUCGUGUGCAACAAAAACUGGAUAUCAAGAAAACAGAGAGGAGAAAGACACGCACGCAACAGUUCGUAACGGAUCCGGAGUUGGCCGCUAAGCGUAAAAUUGCUAAGCAGCAGAAAAAGAAGGAAGCGAGAAAGAGGAAAUCGAGUACAAUAAGAGGGAAGAAAGUGGUAAAGAAACGUCCGAAAAAAGAGGUUGAUUUAGACAUUAUAUGAAAUUUUUAGUGUACAUAUAUUAAGAACAUUCGGAAGUGAGUUUAUUUUGCGACGACGUGAAACGCAAAUGGCGUAAUUAUCUCAUUACACGGUGACAAUAUUAGCACGCUAAUUGUAAUUACUUGUGUACAUAUACGGGUAUAUUUAAAUGCAAGUUCUUACUGUAAAUUUUGAUAAUUUUACUGUUGUAAAAUAAAUUAGUUUGUGAUAC